AGAUCCAAGAGCAACAACAUCAACAACACUUAGCGCCCGGCCAAUCCUGUAAUCCUUACCACUGGAUCACUUGGCCACGCCAAUCUUUCUAGGGAUGUGCUCUAGACACGCGACGCAGUCCUCAACGCCAGCGACAUCACUCGGACCAUUUCGAAAUGAGCCAGUCUGCUGAACAUGCCUCUUGUGCUGCGACGCAGGGGGUCCUGCCCAGCGAUGCAGAGCAAGCAACCCAACAGCCCGUUACUUUAAACGCUUCGCACGACGUUUCCGACAAGACCAGUUCAGAUUCCGCCAAUGCAGCAGCUCCGCUCGAACUCGACGGCGACAGUCAUGUUGCGACCAAGGGCGCAGCCGCCGGCAGCCAACCCGACGAUCUCACCACAAAAUUGCUGGACUUUCUGGCAACCGCGACACCGGAAAUGCUCGGCGGCGUCGCAGUCGGAUGCGCUGCCUUGACGUAUCUAGUACUCGGCCAAGUCGGGCUGCUGUUGGUAGGGGCUUUUGGUGGGAUAGCGGCGUUUGCAACAUUAGAGCGAAACAAUCCGGAACUAUCACGAGCCGUCCGGGGACAAAAGGGACACGACUUUUUGGAGACGUUGCUUGAGACAGCCAAGGCAAAAGUGUCCAAGGACAGUGUUGCUGAAGAAGCAAACGACGACAGCUCGACACUCCGCUCCUUCGAUGACUUCCAGCCCGAAACACGAGACGCGCUCAACGAGUUUGUGGACGCCACCGUCCGCGACUAUGUCAACUGGUGGUACCACCCCAUAGUGCCCUCGGAUAAGUCCUUCGCGCUUUCGUGCCGAAAGACGAUGACUUCGUAUAUCCUCGCCAUGUCGAACCAGCUGGGUCGAAAGCGACCCGCCGACUCCUUUGUCGACUUCCUCACACACUCGUGCUCAAUUAUAAUCGUCUUUUUUUCGGAGAUGGCCAAUGCCUACAACGAGCUCUCAGUCGACAGCAAUGCAAGUGCGACUGAUGCUAUCUACAAUUACCUGUCUACCAACACAGAUUCGCCGUUGUCCAACCUCCUGAACCAGAAACAGCAAGCUGCGAAAUUCAAGAUGGUGGCAGAAGAUCUGUUGACUUUCCUUGACAAACAGUCGUACGAUUGCGAAAUGGUACGCGUGUUCAUGCGGGAGAUCAUGGCGACCAUUGCGCUAGAAGGGACUCUCCAGACUUGCUCAAAAGCCGAGUGGAUCAACGCCUGGAUCGUCUACCUCUUGGAGUCCGGUGAGACUGAUCUGUCUCAGGCGAUCGACGAAGCUAUCGAGCAGAAAGCCUUUGGCGAUAUCGAUGGCAACGUUGGCAAUAUUGGGUUGUCCAAGGGCAACCGCAAUUCUUAUGAUAUGGAUCGAGCACGUCGGAAAGAACAGACACACAAGAAGAAACUGUCCAAAGCAGACGAGGAGAUGGAGCGAGCCAUGGAGGAGAUGAAGCGAUUAAACCAGAUGAUCGCCGAUGCCGACCAGACCAAAAAUGGCGACACGCCAAAGUCGAGUAGCGAAGCACCUUCGGCCAUGGAUGAUGUGCCGCCACUCAUGCCUCCGCGCCCUUCGGUUGAAGGAGGGAUGAUUUCGCCCCGAGAAUCGCAAGAUCAUUCAGUGUCGUCAAGGAACAGUGGCAUCAGUACGAUUGGCCAUAGUCAAGGCUUCAACGAUGCAGCAAGUCUGCCGAGCCAGCAAUCUCAAGAAAUGGAAAUGGCAGAAAGCCCUCCUCCACCACACCAGGCGUUCACGAGUUUUGACCAAUUCGUCCCACCUGCUCAAGAGGAGCCAAUGGAGGGCGAGGCCCGGAAGCCGAUUGCGCCGCUCACCUUGCACAAUGCCAGCAUCACUAUUCACGACGAUAUUGGCAACGAGAAGGGUCAACUUCGGUCAAAGCCGACUUGGGAGUAUCUCAUUCAGAUCGAGCCUGCCUCAAAUCAGCAUUCUGGGUGGAUGAUCAUGAAGACAUAUGCACAGUUUGAGGCCCUGCAUGAGAGCCUGCGACGGAUUGCCGCAAUCUCCGGGUCUGCAGCCUUUCUGGAGGCGCAUAGCACGUUGCCAAGUUGGAAGGUACACACCAGAUCGUCCCUUCGCGGAGAGAUUGAGCGCUAUCUCAGCAUGGCAUGUGUCGAGAAGCCCUUAGCCGAGUCAGAAGCUCUCAAGCGCUUUCUCGAAAAGGGCCAGACUGGUCGGAUGCCAGCUAACAGGGGCUUCUCUUUUGAAUCAGUGGGCAAGGGGAUGCUCGACGUCCUCCAGAACGCACCCAAAGGUGCUCUUGAUUCAGGCAAAGUCGUGGUUGGGGGAGUCACAGGUGUCUUCGGCAACAUCGGUCUCGGGCCGCGACGGUCCACCAACUCGUCUAACAAGACACUUCAAGAACCAGUCGCACCAAGCCCACCACGAAGUGUCAGUCCACGUCCACUUUCGUUGCCGGUCCUCCCACGGAUGGAGAGCGGGCCUCCUGCAGCGAACGGAACGGUCAGGGCGCGAGACAGCAUCGACAGCCAGCAUUCGGUCAUAUCAGUACAGCCGGGCAAGAUGGCUCCCAUGGAGAGGCGCCCGAGCACUCAGGUCGAUUUGGACACCGACGUCACUCAACAUAUGCGGGCGGAUCGCUGGGACAUGAAGUCACCCAGCACGAGCAGCAGCAGAGUCCACAGCCGUGCCUCCAGUAUGGCCGCGCGGAGGUCGCCAUUGAGGUCUCCAUCUGAGACCAGUCUUGCGAACCUUAGGCUACCGCCUCUGCCGACAGAAAUGUCCGACGAUUAUGAUUCGCCGAUCACAAUGCGCCAUAGCUUGGAUGGCUCACGGCUGUUAUCUCCAAGGACGCUGAGCAACAGUCCGAGCCAUACUUCGCUCCACCGCGUGUCGGCUUCUGUGCAGGAAGAUAAGCCGCCGCUACCUUCAAGGACGCAGAAGCGCAUUCCCAAGCAGCACGUCCCACUCACAGAAGCUGAAACCCGCGUGGCGGUCGAGCUGCUUUUCGCCGUCAUUAACGAGCUCUACACACUCUCAUCGGCAUGGAACAUCCGCCGGACGCUGCUGACGGCCGCCAAGUCUUUUCUGUUACGACCAGGCAACCCAUCGAUGAAUUCCAUCCAAACGCUCAUUCAGCACUCUCUGAUUGACACAAACACCACGGAUGAUGGCAUCGCGGCACACAUACGCAAGCUUCGCGAAAACACCUUGCCAACAGAGGAAGAGCGCGCAGCAUGGCCAGCCGAGAUGACGGCUGAGGAGAAGGAAGAACUCCGAGUCAAGGCCAGAAGACUUUUCAUUCAGAGCAGUGUACCUGGUGCGCUGAUGGGCAUCAUGGGCCAAUCAGCGACGAGCGCCGCUCUUGGGCGUGUGUUCGAUUGCCUGCAGAUCGAAGAGGUUGCACGUGGCCUGUUCUUUGGCUUGAUGCUGCAAGCUGUUCGUGUCAUUACACACUAAUGAGUACAGAAGAGUGCUGGCAGGUCCAGCAGGCAGCGAUGCUAAAACGACUGAUAGAAAAAUAAUGAAUGACGCCUGGAGACCACAGAGGCUCUGCGUACGACUAGCAUAUGUGCAAUAAUAUAGCCCUGUUACCGUUCUCGAUGAAGCUCGUGUAUUCCAAAGCCUCUUCAAAGUAGGGACAAUGCUCUCUGGGCG